AUGAAAUCAUUCACUAUCAUCUUUGUUUUUAUUGCUAUCGUGUUAAUUAGAGAAUGUUCUUCUCUCACAAUGCAAGGAUUAUUCCGAAAACUAAAAGAAGCAAGAACGCAACAACAAUCUGAUAGAGGCAGAUAUCCAGAUGAGGCGAGAAUGGAAGCUGAUUCAAUAUCCAGAAUACACAUUGACGAUAAAAGUUUCAUCAGACCAGUAGCUUCUAUUGCUGGAAGACCAGUCAUUCCACGCCGUUGGACUUAUGGUCAACCAAUCAGCGAGGUGUUCAUUGAUGAAAAUGGAAUCGCCAUACCAGUCAGACCAACACCAAGUCUCAACUCUAUAUUAAGGUCCAGAGGUGGCCUUUAUUAA